AUGAUCCGGGAAGCAAUGUCCAGAGGAUGGCAUAACAAGGGCAGGUCGAUUCAACAGCCUCAAGUGGCACAGGGGGAUCACUAUUGGUGGCAGUCUUCCAUGCCGUGGUCUUCCUCCAACCAGAAAUUUUCUUCCGUGCAUGUGGGGGCGAGCUAUCAGUCUGGGACGAGCUCGUGUCCGCCCGGAUGCCGAUGCGUUCCAAGACAUCAAUGUCAGAAUAUCGCGUCUGGUGGCACGGGAGGCACGGUAGAGCAGUCGUGUGGCCAGGCAGGGCAAGGAUACGUGUGUUGCUUCGACGGACAGCCGCCUCAACAGGCGGUCGAUCCUUGGCCUCUGCAACCGCCAGGACAAGCAAUCGAUCCCUGGCCUCAACCGGCACCUCGACCACAGCCUCCCCAGCACCAGCCAAUAUCACCAGGCGGUAAGCCGGUCGUUCAAGUGCCCCCUGUACAGGCACCCGAACCGGGAUACCAGGUUCCUCCACCCCAACUUCAACCUCAACCCCAACCCUACCAACCAUCACCACAGCCUCAACCUCAACCAUACCAACCCCCAGCAGAACCUCAACCCCAACCCUACCAACCAUCACCACAGCCUCAACCUCAGCCCUACCAACCACCACCACAGCCUAAACCUAUUCCAGCUCCAACUCCUAAGCCCAAACCCUAUCAACCAUCACCAAAACCUCAACCUCAACCUCAACCAUACCAACCACCACCACAGCCUCAACCUCAACCCCAACCAUACCAACCACCACCACAGCCUCAACCUCAACCUCUACCAUACCAACCACCACCACAGCCUCAACCUCAACCCCAACCAUACCAACCACCACCACAGCCUAAACCUAAACCUUAUCCAGCACCAGCUCCUAAGCCUAAACCCUACCAACCAUCACCACAACCUCAACCCCAACCAUACCAACCAUCACCACAACCUCAACCCCAACCAUACCAACCACCACCACAGCCUCAACCUCAACCUCUACCAUACCAACCACCACCACAGCCUCAACCUCAACCUCUUCCAUACCAACCACCACCACAGCCUCAACCUCAACCAUACCAACCACCACCACAGCCUAAACCUAAACCUUAUCCAGCACCAGCUCCUAAGCCUAAACCCUACCAACCAUCACCACAGCCUCAACCUCAACCCCAACCAUACCAACCACCACCACAGCCUCAACCUCAACCGUACCAACCCCCAGCAGAGCCUCAACCCCAACCAUACCAGCCGCAAGAACAGCUUCAACCGCAACCGUAUCCAGCCCCUUCUCCUCAACCCAAACCUCAUUCAAAGCCCUCCCAACCUCAGCCUCAACUGGAGCCCUAUCCCCAACCCAAGCCUGCUCCUUCACCCCAAACAACUCUUAAGCCUUCAUACCAAUCGGUAGAACUGCAGCCACAGCCCCCGUUGCCCAUCCCUUCUCCUCAAGCAUAUCCCUCUCCUCAGCCGGUAUCCGGCUACCAGGAACAGGUUGCACCAAAGCCAUCUAUUGUACAGUCUGCACCCGCACCAGCACCUGUACAGCCCCCACCUGCACCACAACUUCUUGUAGAGCCUACACCCGAUCCGUGGCCGCAGCCUACUGGAUCCGCAAAGCCAGUCCCAGUUCUUCCUCCGAUAGGUGGAGGUUUGCUGGUGGCAGUGAAGACAUUCAAGCCUCGACCAGCGUCAAGUUUUCCACAAAAGCCGGUCUAUAAUCAGCCCUCUUUCCAACCGUCUGCCCCAAGAAUCCCGAGUCAACCACCACAAUCAGCAUAUCAACCGCCUGCACCUGCGCCGUCUUACCAGGCACCUGCACAAUCUUACCAAGCUCCCGCGCCGUCUUACCAGGCACCUGCACAAUCUUACCAAGCUCCCGCGCCGUCUUAUCAGGCACCUGCUCAGCCAGCUUAUCGCCCCCAGCCAGCACCAGCGCCCUACCAACCUUACACGGGACCAUUGGCUGAAUCCUCCCCACAUCCUGGAUGUGCCGCCGCGUUGCUCUGCGUCUAUGAGAAUGACUGCAAUGCCACUGGGUAUAUCAAGAAGACGCGGGACGUUCUGGACGAGCAGAAUACUUUUCGAGUCGCCGUCACGCCAUGCAGGAACACGGAACAACAAUUCAUCGGAGUGUGCUGCCGUGACCCCGACUACGUGGAUCCCUGGCCAGGGGGCAUGAUGAUGAUGGGGAACUUCCCCAAGGACAAACGAAGCGUCCCCGAUCCCUUUUCUCCCCUUUCCUCUUCACCUUCCGAGGGAGAGGAAAAGCCGAAACCCGUGGUGGUUCUCCAGGACUUAUUUGCAUUGGAUGCUGGGAUUGAAAAGGAGACUCUCAGCGAGGUAGAUACCCUCCCCGAAGAAGCACCGCCGGUAGACAGUCUGAAUAUCCCUGCCGAAGCCCCGUCGCAAUAUGAAGACGUUCCCGUGGAAGCACCGCUCCAAAACGUCCAGGAAGGUGAAAUUAAGGCAGAAGAUCCAGAGGUGAUGGUGGAGAGCGCUCCGUUGGCAUUGGAAAGGAAGCAACCCGCAAAUAAGCAUCCGAAAUGUGGCGUCGAAUUCGACUGCGUUAGCUUUUCCCACUGCGAUGAGAACGGGAACAUAAUCGCGGAUGGAUCCGGGAUCAUCGACCUCCGAGACACGCGAAGGAGUAAUUGCAACAUUGAAGAUGGGAGCCCGGGAAUUUGCUGCCGAAAGCCACCGGCGGAAAGCUGUCCUCAAGGCCAUCAGUGCGUCAUAGGAGACGACGGAUUCUGCCCCAAGUAUCCCAUAUUCGAUGGCACGGGAGUGAUCGACCCGAGGAUUCGGCCAAGGUCCUGUCUUCUGGACAGCACGGGAGCCCUGGGGGUGUGCUGUCGCCCGUUGCCAGCCAUCCCGGUCGGAUGCGGCGUGAGGCACCCCGAAGGGAUCCAAGUUCCUUCGGUCGAAGGCGAUCUCUUGGAUAGGAUAAAAAAUCCAGGAAUCCUGCCAGCGAACGAGGCGAGGUUUGCGGAAUUCCCCUGGCAGGCAAUGCUGUAUCGGAUCAAGGGGGACGGGGUGAAUGAAUUCGUCUGCGGGGCUACCCUUCUCAACGAGAGGUUCCUUCUUACUGCUGCCCACUGCGUACUCAAGAACCAUACAUUACACGCAGCAGCAGAACUGAAAGUUCGGCUAGGGGAAUGGGAGAUCAACAGCUCUGCCGAACCCAUACCAUACUUAGAUGUCCCCAUAGCAGCUCUUUAUCCUCAUCCUGAAUAUCAACAUGGUCCAGAAAUAAACGAUAUUGCCAUUUUGGAAAUGGCUUACCCGAUAGCUUACAACUAUCACAUCAACCGCAUCUGCCUGCCCAAUGCCAAGAAGACAGCCCAGCUCAAGGGACUACGGUGUCUUGCAACCGGAUGGGGCAAAGAUGCCUUUGAUGGAAAAUAUCAGCAAGUGUUGAAGAAGGUUGAUGUCCCUCUAGUAGAGCAUAAGAAAUGUCAGUCAGCUCUUCAGAAUACCAGGCUCACCAAGUACUUCUUGCUUCAUCCAAAUUUCAUCUGUGCUGGUGGAGAGGAGAACAAAGAUGCUUGCACAGGUGAUGGAGGAGGCCCAUUGAUGUGCCCAAGGGCUGAGGAUGGUCGAUACAUUCUGACCGGGAUUACUUCAUGGGGCAUAGGAUGUGGGAAAAAGGAUGUGCCUGGUGUCUAUGUGAGAGUUGAUGCAUUCCUUCCCUGGAUUGAAUCCAUCACUGGGGUGAUCAACAGGGCAUAAGGAUGGGAAAAGCCUUACCUUCCCCCCAAAGAAUAACAGGGGCAUUGGAUCAACGUUUGCUGUACAGUGCAAAAAAUGUAAUCUAAAUUUACUUCAGGCAAUGAGCUACCUUGAAUGCUUCUGAAAUCACAGGAGUACAUAAAGCUGCUUUGCACUUAUGAUGUGAAAUAAACUAUCUUUUUUCUUUCC